AUGAACAACCACCUGCUCCCCUUCCCGUACAAUCAGUCGCGCCCCCAGUCGUGGCUGGAACGGGUAGCCCAGCCGUUUUCCACUCUCCUUUUCGGAGAGCCCACACCGUCCGCUCCACAGGAACCACCACCAACGCCGAUUGCUCUCCAAAACCAUAAAGACGAUCUCCCGCCGAUCCGCAUAAUAUGCAUCUCAGACACGCACAAUGCCACUCCUCCUCUUCCGCCCGGUGAUAUCCUGGUCCACGCAGGCGACCUGACCGCCCAUGGGACCUUUGACGAGGUACAAGCGCAGCUCCGAUGGCUGUCGUCCCAGCCGCAUACUCACAAGAUUGUCAUCGCGGGAAACCACGACAUUCUCAUAGACGAGGCAUGCGAUACGAAGUUUCCUACUCGCACAGAAGACUCUGUUGCAAAGCGGGCGGAAUUGGACUGGGGCGGCGUUCGGUAUUUGCAAGAUGAAGCUGUCACCUUGGAACUGCCGGUUCCUUGUCUUGGGGAACAGCAAGUGCGCAGGGUCAAGAUAUACGGGUGUCCACUGACGCCAGAAUUUGGCCAGUGGGCUUUUCAAUACCCCCCAAUUCGGGAUGUGUGGACCGGGCGGGUCCCCGAUGAUACUGAUAUACUGGUGGUUCACGGACCACCGGCGCUCUAUGGUGACUGUGAUGGUGAGAAGGGACCGAACGGGAAGGUCGAGGUGAAGGGAGACGGGUAUCUGUUGCGCGAGAUACGAAGGGUGCGCCCUAAGAUGGUGGUCUGUGGGCAUAUCCACGGGGCAUAUGGUCUGGCUCUUAUCCAGCAUCAUGGAACCCAGCACGUUGUGAAUGGAUUGCAGAUGCGAUGGGAAGGAUAUAGUUUACUCGGAGCUCUGCAGAGGACGGUUCAAUGCUCAAUUACCAGGAGGGAUGAUGAUCGACCCCAAGAAACCCUUGUCGUCAACGCCGCCGUGGCACCGGGUGCUUCGACCAGUGAACGCAAGAACGCGGUCGUCGUCGAUUUUUUGUGA